GUCGGCCCGAGGGGGGGUGCGCCGCGCGCGCUGUUUCUAGUUUUAGGAGGAGCCUCUGAGUGCCAUAUUUUUUACUAUUAUACCUGUCACGGUUAUAUACUAGUAAUAUCGAAUUCAAGUUAUAGUAGAACGCGGACGGCCCAGGUCACAAGCUCUUCGUGGCUGAUGUACCCGCUGGCCGGGGUGAUUCCGUCAAAUUUGCACCCCGCGCUGCAUGCAGCCCACGGACAUCAUAAGGAACAGUUGACCCAGCGGGACCUUCCCCCCUUUCCCCCGUCUUCCCUUCAAGUUUCAUUUGCGGGUCCGGUUUUUUCGGAGUUUGCCAGAUUAUGCACUUCUGUGCCAGUAUUGAACAUACCGCAGUACUAAUUUCUACGUCGAUAGCGUACUUUUUUUUUACAUGUCGAGCAAGCGUACUUUUUUUAGUGGUACUCAUUCGGAGUCAUUCGGGGGAGUGACCUGGUAAUGGCGCUAUGUUGGCUUGCUUGCUUCGCUGCAGUCAUGAUUUUCCAGGCGGGUAUGCGCCAGGGUGCUGCGACUCCUGAUGGAGGCCGCAAUGAACCACCGUUAAAUAUGUCUACCGCCGAAUGCGAGGUGGCCGCUUGGGACCAAUCCUGCAGGAUUUGGCUGAGUGGGACACCGGCACUGGCCAGUGCGCUUAUGGGGCGUGGGCACGGUGCACGCACCUAUAUUUGUGGCGGCAAUGCAAGCAAAGUCCCGCGGGCCCAAUGCUAUUCACGCGGAGAAAGAUUUCGAUGGCUUAAGCGCGCGUGGCAUUUGCUGAAAGGCACGACGAUCCUACUCCUUGGCGAUAGUAUUUCCAUGGAGCACUACUUCGCACUGCUUUGCGAAUUGCGUGAGUUUUCGCUCCUUGGAGGAAGUGAGGUGCCGCCACUGGUGCCGCCACGCCUCCAAAUCGUCAAUGAAAGUGGUGUGAGCAUGCACUGUGCACGCUUUGAGAAGGCGCUUCCAUCCGUCUGUUAUGCGCCAGAAGAUGCGCUUCACUGCGGCCUCUUUAAUACUAUUGGGCUCUGUCCAAUGUUUAACAAACAAUGCCGUUUAAAGCCAGAGGUUCCAUGUUUCAAGCCUGCACCACCCGGCUCGCGUGGCUACAUCCUCGAGCGGCUGUCCAGAAUAUUCAUGGCCGCAGCGGGUGAUUCCCGAGAACUACUUAUCGUCAUGAACGCGGGAUUGCAUUAUUCGCACAACUUGACACUCCUUCAUGAUAUCACUGCAAUGCAGCUCAAUCUAUUUGCUAGUCUGCCACAAAAACUUCGGCCACGCAUCUUCUGGCGCGAGACAGCUGCACAGCACUGGAAUACAAGUGCUGGCAUUUAUAUGGGUAAAAUCAGCAGCAGGCAGUGCGUUAACCUCCCACUAAGCAUGGUGCGCGACCCUGGUACCAGCAAAGCGAACAUUUUCAACCGCGCAACUGAGCCGGUGGUCUCAGCCAGUCGCGAUGUGACCAUACUGAGGACGUGGGCACAGUCGGCC